UGCCACCUACCAAUGCCAAUCAGUGCCUCCUAUCAGUGCCAUGCCAGUCAGUGCCGCCUAUCAGUGCCAGUUAGUGCUGCAUAUCAGUGCCCGUCAGUGCCGCCUAUCAGUGCCAGUCAGUGCCGCCUAUCAGUGCCAGUCAGUGCCGCCUAUCAGUGCCAGUCAGCGACGCUUAUCAGUGCCAUAUAUCAGUGCUGCCUUUCAGUGCCCAUCAGUGAUGCCUGUCAAUGCCCAUCAGUGGCACCUACGAGUGCCUCCUCAUCAGUGCCCAUCAGUGCCACCUAACAGUGUCCAUCAGUGCAGCCUAUCAUU